AGAGGCAAAGAAAAGGCUGCCAUGGCAACACCAGCGCUUGAGGCUUGAAGAGAGAGGUGAGCUGAAAGAGGUAUGGUUUUUCUUAUGGAAAAAUAUUCCGUUAUUUCAUGAUGGCAUUUGCACCUCCAAAAAGCAUAGAUGGUCCCAAAAUGCAGACAAAGAUGAGUACCUGGACACCUCUAAACCAUCAGCUUUUGAAUGACCGGGUAUUUGAAGAAAGAAGAGCUCUGCUUGGAAAAUGGUUUGAUAAAUGGACAGACUCUCAACGGAGAAGAAUCUUGACAGGCCUGUUAGAACGUUGCUCCCUGUCACAGCAAAAGUUCUGCUGUCGAAAGCUUCAAGAAAAAAUUCCAGCAGAAGCUCUGGAUUUUACUACCAAGCUUCCAAGGGUGUUAUCUUUAUACAUCUUUUCUUUCCUGGACCCCCGAAGCCUUUGUCGUUGUGCACAGGUGAGCUGGCACUGGAAGAAUUUAACUGAGCUGGAUCAGCUCUGGAUGCUCAAAUGUUUACGAUUUAACUGGUACAUCAAUUUCUCUCCAACUCCCUUUGAGCAGGGUAUAUGGAAGAAGCACUACAUUCAAAUGGUAAAAGAACUUCAUGUUACCAAGCCUAAGACACCUCCAAAAGAUGGGUUUUCCAUUGCCAACGUUCAACCAGUUACAAGCAAUUCUGCAGAGGAAAAGCAGUCCCCUGCAUCAGCUUUCAGGUCCUCUUCCUCUUUGAGAAAGAAAACCCACCCAGGGGAGAAAGAGCUCCCACCCUGGCGAUCUUCUGACAAGCAUCCAACUGAUAUCAUUCGCUUCAAUUACCUGGACAACUGUGACCCCAUUGAGCAAAUCUGGCAAGGAAGGAGAAAAAGACAUGAAAUGAACCCAGAUUUCAGUCGACAAUCGCAUGAUAAGAAAAAUAAAUUGCAGGACAGAUCUAAGCUAAGGAAAGCACAGUCACUGGUAAGUAUUGCUUAUAAAAGCUUCUGCACCAUAUGCCUAAAUGCAGAACCCAGCGCCCCUCUCCAAGUUCCCGCUCAUCUCGCCUGGUCUCCUCAUCGAUGGGCAGGGCUCCCGGCCACCAAAGCAGCCACGAAAAUCCUUCAUGCAACAUCUUCAGAGGCACUCUGGGCUUCAGGCAUCACCCAGCCAGGCUCCAGAUCCGAAGUCAAUUUAAAAAUGUGA